ACCACCCUGCAUUCCCUUUUUCCCACCCGUCCCCUUUCAUCACCAACGCACGGCUUGUCGAUUAAUUCAGCAUCGGCAAUUGCUCUACACUCGAAUCCAACGAAUUGCGCCACCGUAUUCCAGCUACUUGCCGCCGCAAUUCCCAUCAGGGGCUCGCUCUCUCACUCCCUUUCCAAUCCAUCCUAUAUAAUAAUCAACCGCCACCAUGGUUGUUCUCACCGAAGUCGAGGACGAGCACUUCCAGCAGAACCCUGCUGCCGAGUUUGAGGACGACGAGGACUACUCGGAUACUGACUCUGAAAUCUCCAACGACUCCGACUACGAUCCCAGCGAGGAGACACUAGCCGAGCGUCUGUACGCGCUGCGCGACAUUGUCCCCCCCACAACACGAGGCUGGAUCUCCAACAAGGUCAACGCCAUCUCCAGCAGCGCCUGGAGCGUGCUCUCCUUCAGCGGCAAGGGCGCCUGGGUCAUCACGACAUCGGCCCUCUUCUUCGGCGUCCCCUUUGCCCUCUCCUUUGUCGAGGAGCAGCAGCUCGCCGCCAUGGAGCAGGAGUACAACAUGCGCCAGGCCGGUGGCGACCUCUUGACUGCCGGCGCUGAGCAGAGCACUGCUGAGCGCGUCGGCGCCGCCAUUGGCGAGCAGAAGACUGAGGCUUCUCUGUAAACUGUUCAAACGAAGACAAGAAAAACAGAUGGAAAAGAAAAAUCUCCAAAAAUUUUGGGCUGCCCCCGCGCAGGCCGUGUAGCAUUAACUCUCCAACGUGGGCGGAUAGCAUACAACGGGACGAAUUAUUUAAAAGCCUCAGCUGCGUUAUGACAAAAAAGGGAGGGGGGAAGGUUGUACAAGAAGAGAAAGAAAAAUGGAAUAGGACACGAUGUGUCUUGUAUUGCGUCUUUUUUUCUCCAUCACUUGGUGUAUUAUUUUUUUUCGGCGGCCAUCUCAGCUCCGAGGGAGGACCUGAAUUUACGUGUACUUUUUUAUAUCAUGCUACGGCUGUUUAUUAUAUUAGAUUUGGGUUCUUAUGACUUUGUGUGUUCUGUCUGAGCUUGUGUGUGAUUAUACUUUGGGGUAUAUUAAGAUGUGACUUUUAGGUGACGGAAGGUUGUGACUACAAUAUCCAAGUGCCCACGAGAUGUCACACACAUCACGUAUAAUGGUAACUAGCACAUGUUGGUCCAUGUAGAUUUAGGGUCGUGUAUUGUAAAUUCAUGCAAGCUUGCUAUGCUAUUGGGGCUGUUUUUGUAUCGUACAGUGCAAUCUCGGAGUCAAGUCCAAACCGACAGUUGCGUUUCCUUCGUCCCUCCUUCACAUGCAUGCCAGAAAAGUGUAAUAAUAGGGGAGGUUUAAAAGAUGUUAUAGGGGGGAAUCAAAAAAUAAGAAGAGGGGGAUAGGUCAUUCCAAGAUACAUGGCAACAGUAGUCCUGGGGCGAAAAAGAAGAAAUAACAAAAGAAAGCCAUCCAUACAUCGCUGUCCAUCACAUCUAUAUCAGACCAGGGGGUGGUGCUUCCAAGUCGACAGCGGUGACGACGCGGCGCUGGGCCUCGCUGCGGUCAACGAGGCCCUUGAAGAAGUCGGAUGCGCGUUGGCUCUCGCCCAUAGUCUUGAUGGUCUCGUCGCGGCGCGUACCUAGAUCCUUGACGCUUUCCUCAAGGCGGACGCGCAGGUUGUCCGCGGGGAAGCGGAGGACCUUGCGGACGGCUGACGAGAUGCGGGUAGAGUUUGCGUGUACAUAGUCCAUCUCGGCAAGCUGUGCAGAUAUCUUGCUGGCCAGGCGAGGGGGCAGCGAAUUGGGGAUCUGCUGUAGGACGUAGGCGGAGGCGUCGACAUCGAUGAGGUGUUGCAAUCGCGAGGCGUGUUCGGAGGUGGUGCCGCUGCCGACAGUCAUGAAUCCUGGUCUGCCGUUUUGGGGCGCAUCAUGGUGCUGCGGCGCGUCUUGGUCGUCGUUGCCGGGCACAGCAGGGCCCUUGCCUUUGCUGGGGAAAUAUUCUUGGCUCAUUAUAUUGAGCUUUCUGCUUGCACCAACAUCGGAUCCGAGGAAAUCCAGGGGCUAGAGGG